AAACGUCAAAUUCUAGUUACGUCAUUUUUUGGUGAAAUUCUCAAAAAUGUCUCAAGCGGCUAAAACUGCAGCCAGACAAGUAAAACCUAUAUUAUCCCUUAAUAAGGAAGAAGCUAGAAAAAGGGUACUUAAUUUAUACAAGGCUUGGCAUAGGCAACUGCCUUAUAUUGUUAAACAAUACGAUAUUCCAAAGAAUAUUCCUCAAUGUAGAGAAAAAUUGAGGGAAGAAUUCACGAAAUAUAAUAAUAUUCAAGAUGUGAGGGUUGUUGAUAUGCUUAUUAUUAAGGGUCAAAUGGAGUUAAAAGAAGUUGUGGAAGUGUGGAAACAGAAGGGUCACAUUAUGACUUACUUCAAGGAAAGUCAGGAACCCAAACCAAAAGAUUUCAUAUCUAAAUUCUUAGCUGGUGUUAAUUAAAUUGGUGGAAUUGUUGCUGUUAUAGUAAAUGUAAAUAAAAUAAUUUAUAGGUAGCAAAACAUUUAUUUAUUAUCAACUACAAAAUAGAGAGCAUUUCUAAGAGUUCAAUCCUUGUCGAAAGUUAAAACUAAUAGUUGUGAUAUGGUUUAUUUCUAGUGAAUCUAGAAAUUAGGUCAUAUCCCCACUUUGGCUGAUCCCCAGGUACCAUAUGCCCAGCAUUUCUUACCAAAAUUUCUGUGAGGUUGCCAGCUUGUUUAACAUACCCAGCCAAUUCAGUGCCAACAUACCAUUUGUACCUCGGAGCAUUCUUAUAUGCAUCAGCUCCAUUAAACUUUAAUUGCUUCAAAUAAUUAAUGGUUAGUGGAUAAGCAACAAUAAUAUCCAACUGUCCAUUAUAAAUUAAAACCCUGUAGUUGCCAAUCAAUUCUGAAACCCAAGGAGCAACCGAUUUCAUUACAUCCUCCAUUAAAUUUACUUCAACAGUUGAAUCUUCGCCAUGAAAAGAAGCAUUUCCGACGUGAAUGGCAGCUCUAACGUCGUUUCUUUGAAUGUAUUUCCCCAUAAACGCCAUUUCUGUAUUCAUAGGAUCUUCAGGGUAUAAGUAGUUGAAGUAGUUAUCAUAUCCUGUCACGUUUUUGAAGAAAGAAGUAUGGUUGUUGAGAUCACCAUUUAAUAGGUUGUCAAAUAUUUUAAAUGCGUUCACAUAAUCUUUGUCUUGAAUGUAUUUAACACCCUGUGCCUCAUAUUUCUGCACCAGUGUUCUCAUGUUAGUAUCGAUAAGGCCUAGUUGAUAUAAAUAAUCCCCAUACUUCAACUGAUGCUCUGGAUCACUUAAACCAUUACCAAUACUUAGACCUUGUAGAUUUAUCUUAAGUUUAGCAUCAGGGUUCUUUUUGUGGAUUGUGUACGAUAGUGCAGGAACAUAUUUGCCAGCAUAUGAUUCACCUGUUACAAAGAAUGGGUUUUUCUGUAACUCCGGGAAAAGUAGGUAGAAUUGUUGCAUUGCAGCCCACAAAUCUUCCCCUACUUUGGUUUCAUUUUGGGCGUAACCGCCUUUGGUGAAACUGUACCCUGUCCCGACUGGGUUAUCAAUGUAUAUAACGUUGUGUGAUUUAAUCCAAGAAUAUUUCCGCAAUUUUAAUCCGUGCUUUGCUUUCACCGUAAAGGGUCCAUUUUCCGUGAACAGUCCUAUGAGGGAAGUUGCCCCCGGGCCCCCUUGCAACCACAAAACAACAGGAUCUUUGGUUGGGUCAGUUUGAGAGGGGAAGUACCAGAAAAAUAGGUUGGAAUCGAAGGCUUUAUCCACGGUGAAAUAUCCGGAAUAACUUUUUACGUUCUUGAAUCCAUUGAAAUGCACUUCAGCAGCCGAUCUUGCGACCUUAAUUUUGCCUUGUUCGAUAAGUGGGGUUAAAAUCAACGGCGAACCGGGGUCGUCUGUAAGCUUCUCUUCUAAUAUUUUACCGUAGAAAUUAGGGAAUGCACUAUGCACACUAAAUAUUAUUGUUAUGAAGAAAAUUAGCAAAAACGUUAGCUUCAUCUUAUUGCUGGAUAAAUUGCAGUAAUAAAUUGCAAUAACAAAUUAGUCAUAAACCGAGAUAAACAUAAAGUUCAAAUUUCAAGAUAAAGGCCGCGCAU